ACUAUGUCAAACAAUAUCUUAAACCAGAGGUAAGAAGGUGGUAAUUUAUAUGAGAAAUAUUUUUUCUUUAAAAUUCCCUAUAGUUAUACUAAUUCGUUUUUCAAUUCAUUAAAUUAACCUAUCUUACCGUUACUGAGCAGUGAGCAUGUUAUCUGUGCUACGAAAUUCCUUCAUUAUCAAACGCAGCGUACAUAGUUUUGCUAGAAAAUCUUUUAAAGAGAUUAGUAUUCCAGUUCCCUGGGGAAAAAUUGCUGGAAAAUGGUAUGGCUCUACAAACAUAAAGCCAAUAUUAUGCUUACAUGGAAUUCAGGACAACUGUGGAAGUUUUGAACCGCUUAUCUCUUUUUUGGAUAAAGAUGAAAAGUCAAGUUUUCUUGCCAUAGACUUCCCAGGUCAUGGUUAUUCCUCACCGUAUCCUGGAGGGACAUUCUACCAUUUUUUUACUUUUCUAAUAGUUGUAAAGAGGAUAGCUGACUAUUUUCAAUGGCCAAAUGUUUCUCUUAUGGGACAUUCUUUAGGUGCGAUAUCUGCAUUCACCUUUUCUCUUUUGUAUCCUGAGAAAGUGAAAUUUCUCAUUUGCAUUGAUGCUUUGCAUCCCUUCGAAACAACAGUAACAGCAGAAACUUUGAGAAAAAGCAUAGAUCUAUUUGUGAAAUACGAUGAUUUGAAAUUAUUAGAGAAUGAAAGUAUUGCAUAUACUCUGGAAGAGGCAAUUGAAAAAAUUAGAAUUGGUUAUAACAAUGCUAUCAAACUUGAAAAAAUACCUAUUUUGUUAGAACGGAACCUUGCUCCUUCUAAAAAGUAUCCAGGAAAGUAUUAUUUUAAUAGGGACCCUAAAUUGAAAAUGAAAGUUAUGUGUGAUUAUCCUCACGAACAAGUUAUUAAAGAUGCGUCAGUAAUAACUCGACCUGUUUUUGUUUGUAAAGCAAAACAUAAUGUUUAUUAUGGCCCUAAAGACCAUUUCCAUAGCGUGUUAGAUGUCCUGAAGAAAAGUAGUGAAGAUUGUGAUUUUCACUUUGUGGAUGGAACCCAUUAUUUACAUUUGAAUGAUCCAGAUGUUGUUGGUGCUCAUAUUAAAACAUUUUUGAACAAACAUCAUGUAAUAGAAGAUAGUAAUUUAAAUGGAACUUCUCUCUUUUGUGAAUCUCAACCUAGUCCUUUAGAAAUGUUCACCGAAAAUUCUUAACUAGUAUUUAUAAAAUGCUUUUUAAACCUCUUAAAAUUUAAUACAUGAGUAUUAAAUACUAUUCAAGAUGACCUGAAAGUAUUAAGAGAAUAAUGUAUUGAAUUUUAUUGUUAUAUUUUAUAUUGUUACCAAAAAUUCUCUACACAUAGGAAACUAUUUUUGUACGAACUAUCUAGUCUUUAUAAAAUAGGGAAUUUUAUUAUGUUUGUAAUUAUUUAAUGGAUGUUUGUGUAAUUAAAGUUAUCAUAAACCUUGUACGAAAAACAGAGCUAAUCCUCAUGGAUUGAGUAUUUUUCAAUAAAUUUUCAACUAAGUUGAACGAUUUUUUUCCA